UAGGAAUUUACACCUUCCUCCAAUUCUUUGAUUUCAUCUUCGUCUUCUUCGUUUAUCUCUCUGAUGCGAGAGAGUGUUAAUUCAGAAAUCACUUUGGGUAACAAAACGCUGUCGUAUGGGUCUUUAGUCCCAUCUCUUUUCUAAACUAAAGAGCAGUGGAAGGCAACAAUGGCGAAUUGGAUCUCGUCGAAGCUCAAAGCCGCCGAAACGAUUCUUCAACAGCUCGAUCAGCAGGCAGCAGAGUCUCUACGAAAGGAUGAGAAGUCUGAGACCCAUGACGAGGUCUUUGACACCUCUCCAAAGUCUGGAAGCAGUCCUGUUUCUUUGAAAGAUCAGUUGAGGAAGAAGACAUAUGAAGGCAGUGAUUCUGGCAGUGGAUCUCAGAGAAACUCAACUGACCAAAAACCUAGUUACAUAAGUAGUGGCAAAAAGUUACGCAAACCAGAUCAAUCUCAAGGAAGGACAAGUUCACCGUCACAAAGCUUGACAGAAGAGAAAACUAAACUCACUGACAAUGACUGGACAGAACUUUUGAGUUCUCCAAAUCAGGGGACCAGUAAUUCUAAGCCUCGUACUCCCGGUGGAACAUCUGUGCUUCGAGGAUUGAAGAAGGAUGGAAAAAGACAUGGCAAUGUGGGGAAAAAUCCUUUGGUAUUUGAUGGUAAGAAGAGUGACAAGAGUAGUGGUAAUUUGGUCGAUUCUCGAGGGAGGCCACAAAAACAGCCGAAUAGGGAACCAAGCGACAAAGAAGUGUCUAGCCCUUCUGAUGCUGGCGUGGAAAGUAGGAAUGCUCCUCGGGAUAUAUCUGUGAAGUCAACUCAUAAAGAGAAUGAGGAGGAUGUCAGUGCUCAACCAUCUGCCCUGAAUGACUCCACGAGAUCGGUCUAUGAGACUCCCCUUCGGGAUACAUUACCAAGUGUAGGGAAAUCGGAGGGUCGUGAGCCCAGAAGAAGUGCUGUAUGGGGAAAGCAGGUGAAGGGAGAAGCCUCACUGAGCAAUGUUUCUGAUGGUCUAAAGAGGAGAGAUUCUUCCUUGUCAAGUGAUGAAUCUGAAUCCGAUUAUGAGUCUGAUUCAAGCACUGACUCUGAGAGGGAGCGUCAGAGGGAAGAGCUUAGGAGGAGAAGAGAGAAAAUCUUUGCUGAAAAAGUUGCAACAAAAGCUGUAGCCGUCAUCAAAGAGCGAGAGAAUAUGGUAGCAAGACUUGAGGGUGAAAAACAGAGUUUAGAGAAAAUAGUCGAGGAACGAGCUAAACAACAGGCACAAGAGGCUGCAGAGUUGCAAACAAACAUGAUGGAAACACUGGAAGCUGCUGACCUUGAAAAACAGAAGCAUAACAAUACAAGAAUGGAAGUUCUCACACGCUUGGCUGGAUUGGAGGCUGCAAACGCUGAACUUACAAGAUCGCUUGCUGCUGGGCAGAAGAAACUUGAGACUCAGAUAGAGCAGGUAACAGUACUCCGACAACAAGUUGAGCUUAAAGAGUCUGCUCUGGAAGAACUGAAGCGGAAUACUUUUCAUAAUGGGGAAAGUGUGUCAACUCUAAAACAGUUAGAUGCUACUAGAGGAGAUAUAUUCGAACACCAGAUGCUUGAAGCAGAGAUUUCUUUGCUGACUGAUAAGAUCGGGCGGCUACAAGAUAAGGCAACUAAACUGGAAGUAGACAUAGAAAUGAUGAGAAAGGAACUUGAAGAACCAACUGAAGUGGAAAUUGAACUGAAGCGAAGACUUAACCAGCUUACUGACCACCUUAUUCAAAAACAAUCCCAGGUCGAAGCGCUUUCCUCAGAGAAAGCAACCAUAUCGUUUAGAAUUGAGGCUGUAUCAAGGCUUAUAGAAGAAAACAAAGGUAUGUCUGCGACUGAAGCCUCAUCCCAUGAUCUUGAAGCAGGAGAUUGGGAACUCUCAGGAUCCAAGUUUAAACCAGCUUUCCAAGAUAAAAUCCGGUCAGGAAAGAAACAUUUGGGAUGGCUAGUGAUGCAACUAAAUGCUAUAUUCGUGUCGGGAACUGUCUUCUUGCGUAGAAACCCAACCGCCAAAAUCUGGGCUUUACUCUAUCUUGUUUGCCUUCAUCUCUGGGUAUUAUACAUCUUACUUUCUCAUUCUGAUACUUCUACUUCAGGUGAACUUAGAUCAGGUGCGGUGAUAUCCUUAGAGAACUUCAGUAACAGUUCACAUCAAUAGGUCUUUCUUUAGAGCACUUGUCUUUUGAAUCAUAUGUAAUUUUCCUUCCAACAUUUUUUGAAGCUUGGUUUGAAUCUUAUUGUAUUCACAAUCA